AUGGAUCCUUUCAGCAUAACCGGCACUCUGAUUGCUGUGCUUCAGGUAACUACAACCGUGAUAUCCAUCUGUUACGACUACCGUCAGGGUGUGGCUUCUGCAUCCCGAGAAGUUCUCCAGGUAUCCUCAGCUCUCAACUCUCUCCGAGAUGUUCUCGAAUCAUUGCUCGCUCUCAUAGAGCAGUCUAAAUCUGAUGGCUCUGUGUCCAAAUUAGCCACGAUAGAACUGCUCGCCAAUGAUGGCGGCACGCUUGAGAGCUGUCAACAAGAAUUGCUCAGACUGAAGAAGAAAUUAGAGCCGGAGGCAGGAUGGAGAAAGAUCAGAAAGUCGUUGGUUUGGCCACUAAAGGAGACGGAGGUUAAGAAGGCGUUGGAAGGCCUAGAGAGGUCAAAGAGCACGAUGCUUUUAGCACUUUCGGCAGACCAGACGUCGUUGAGUUUGGCUAUUCAUGAACAAGUCGGUGGCUUGACCGAAAUGUUUGAGAAACACAGUACAGAUCAAACGCAACAGGACAUCAAGACAUGGUUAGCAGCUCCAGAUCCAUUCACGAACCAUGUCGCAAAUCGCAAGAAGCGUCAAGCCCAUACCGGAACUUGGCUUUUGAGGAGCAAGCAGUAUGAAAAUUGGUUGACAAGUCCAAAAUCAUUCUUGUGGCUCUAUGGAAUUCCUGGGAGUGGGAAAACUGUGCUCUGCUCUACGCUUGUCGAGCAACUGCUUCUGUAUUGUAAGAAUAUGCCACAGUCAGCAAUAGUAUAUUUUUACUUCGAUUUCAACGAUGCUGGGAAGCGAGACGUCACCUCACUGAUCCGAUCUCUUAUAACGCAAUUAUCAGCGUGGACCAAGGCAACACCCAUUGUACUCCUCGAGGCUUACAAAUCGUACCAAAGCGGUAACCUAUCUGAUGAUGACGAGUCUCUGGCCAUAGUGUUACGGAACCUGGUCCUGACCUUCGAGAAUGUGUACAUCGUUUUCGAUGCCCUGGAUGAAAGUUCAGACUGUGACGGCAUCCUUCAACUCAUGCACACCAUGAAAGACUGGAAGCUAUCUCGGCUACACAUAUUAGCAACAAGUCGGCAAUUGACAGGAAUCGAAGAGUCGCUGACAGGUCUUGUAACAGACAAGAUAUGUCUGCAGGAUGCAGAAAUGAAUGAGGAUAUUGUACUGUACGUCGCGGACAAAUUGCAGAACGACAAAAAACUGUCCAAGUGGCCUCCAGAUAUUCGACUGAAGAUACAAACGAAGCUGCUUGGUGAAGAAGGCGGGAUGUUCCAAUGGGUCGUUUGUCAGUUGGACAUGCUCAAUCGGUGUCUGUCAGUGGCUGCCGUGCGUAAAGCUUUGACGGCUGGGCUGCCUAAGAAUUUGGACCAGACUUACGACCAGAUUUUGGCGGGCAUUGACGAGGAACAUUUUACCGAGGUCAUGAAGAUAUUGCAAGCCGUGACAGCAACCAAUGACCCGCUGACUCUUGAGGACAUUGUUGAAAUUCUCGCUGUUGAUCUCGACGCCAAUCCUCCACGCUUCGAUCCUGACUCUCGAUUAGUUGAUCCCCGAAAUGUGCUGUCGAUCUGCUCAUCUCUUGUGACAGUUCAACAGGUUACAAGAUGGCCAAGCAGAACCCCAAUCUCUGUGCUUAGGCUCGCCCACGCCUCAGUAGCCGACUACCUGACGCAGCAAGGACCUGCCGGGCAAGCAAACUUUCACUUCUCACGAACAGCAGCACGUCAAUUCCUUGCUCAGUCUUGUAUCGGAUAUAUGAUGAACCCGGAAUUCUCUCGAUGCCACAAGCGUGGAAAACAACAAGAACUUGCGCUAUCGUAUCCAUUCUUAAAACACUGCGUAGCUCGUUGGCCAGAAUACUUAGAAAGAAUGCCAGGCGACCCGGACGAUUACCUAGAUGCGAAGACAAGGGAGACAGUUCAGGCUUUCUUCGAUACUUGGUCCCUUCCUGACGGUGGCAAUUACGCUUUUUGGGUCAGCUGUCUCAUACCAGAUAUGCCGCUUGACUAUGUUCUUAAUACACGUCCACUCUAUUACGCGGCAUCAUUCGGCCUUGUCGACGUAGUUCGGCUCAUCCUCCUCACAGAAAAAGACGCAGACAUAGACGCGCUCGGUGGGCGUGCCCGUUCCAGUGCUCUCCACGUCGCCGUGUACAGACAUCAUAUCGAAGUUGUGAAGAUCUUACUUGAGAGAGGGGCGGAUCCGAGCUUGUGCAAUGAGAGGAUGGAGUCGCCAUUGUAUUGGGCCCGUAACACCGAGAUGAAGCAGCUUUUGCUGAAGUAUGGCGCGAAGCUUGAUGGAAGAGUUAUCUAUGGGUAA